AGCGGACCACGGGACUGGUUUUCCCGGAUCUUGGCGGCUAGAAGCCUAGGUAUGCACCAGACUACCUACGCUAUCUGACCUUGGUACAGCAACAUCACCUAAUGGAUAUUGAAUAGUAUAAUUCAAUUAAGGAAAAAAUGGAUGAUGAACCUGAAAGAACUAAACGAUGGGAAGGAGGCUAUGAAAGGACAUGGGAGAUUCUUAAAGAAGAUGAAUCAGGAUCACUCAAAGCAACAAUAGAAGACAUUCUUUUCAAAGCAAAGAGAAAAAGAGUUUUUGAGCACCAUGGACAAGUUCGACUUGGAAUGAUGAGACAUCUUUAUGUUGUAGUAGAUGGAUCAAGAACAAUGGAAGACCAAGAUUUAAAGCCAAAUAGACUAACAUGUACUUUAAAGCUUUUGGAGUACUUCGUAGAGGAGUAUUUUGAUCAAAAUCCUAUUAGUCAGGUUGGAAUAAUUGUAACAAAGGGUAAAAGAGCUGAAAAACUGACAGAACUGUCAGGAAACCCACGGAAACAUGUAGUGUCAUUGAAGAAAGCUGUAGAUAUGACCUGCCAUGGAGAACCAUCUCUUUAUAAUUCUUUAAGCCUGGCAAUGCAAACUCUAAAACACAUGCCUGGGCAUACAAGUAGAGAAGUUCUGAUCAUCUUUAGCAGUCUCACCACUUGUGAUCCAUCUAAUAUCUAUGAUCUAAUCAAGACUCUCAAGGCAGCUAAAAUCAGAGUGUCUGUUAUUGGACUGUCUGCAGAAGUUCGGGUUUGCACUGUACUUGCUCGUGAAACUGGUGGUACCUACCAUGUUAUUUUAGAUGAAAGCCACUACAAAGAAUUGUUGACACAUCAUGUUAGUCCUCCUCCUGCAAGCUCAAGUUCUGAAUGUUCACUUAUUCGUAUGGGCUUUCCUCAGCACACCAUUGCUUCUCUGUCUGAUCAAGAUGCAAAGCCUUCUUUCAGCAUGGCGCAUUUGGAUAGCAAUACUGAGCCAGGACUUACUUUAGGAGGUUACUUCUGUCCACAGUGUCGAGCAAAGUACUGUGAGCUUCCUGUUGAAUGUAAAGUCUGUGGUCUUACUUUAGUAUCUGCUCCCCACUUGGCACGAUCUUAUCAUCAUUUAUUUCCCUUGGAUGCUUUUCAAGAAAUUCCCCUAGAAGAACAUAAUGGAGAAAGAUUUUGCUAUGGAUGUCAGGGGGAGUUGAAAGAUCAACAUGUCUAUGUUUGCAGUGUGUGUCAAAAUGUUUUCUGUGUGGACUGUGAUGUUUUCGUUCAUGACUCUCUCCACUGCUGCCCUGGAUGUAUUCAUACUAUUCCAACUCCUUCAAGUGUUUGAUUCCAGCAUAUAAUACACAUCAGAUGUUUUUUAAAAACUUUGCAACUGAAAAUACAAUGAUUUUUUUUUUCCAGAAGAGACUCCAGUUAAUAUGAGGAACAAUUUGAAAGGACAACCUGAUUUAAGAAACUUUUUUUAAGAAAACAUUUUUAUGACAUUUUAAAGUUUUUGUGUCCUGUCACCAGAAUGCCUGGAACUCAGUAUUACUUAAUUCACUUAAUUUUUGUGUUCUGUUAUUUUGAGUUAAAAUGCUUUCAAAGUUGCUAUUCUUAUUACAUUUCAUUUACCUGCAAUGAUCAAAUGGUGUUGAUUACAAGAUAGGGGCCAGGUGGUGGCGCAACUGGUUAAUUGCUCACUUUACACUGCAAAAGAACUCAGGUUUAAGCCCCUGGUCCCCACCUAAAGGGAGGAAACCUCACAAGUGGUGAAGCAGUGCUGCAGGUGUCUCUCUCCCUCCUUAUCUCCCCCUUUCAACUUUUCUCUGUCUCUAUCCAAUAAUAAAUAAAUAAAU